AUGCCCUUUCAGGUUCUCUUGGCCACGGUGGAUAUCAGCACACCGACAUUUGUUAUUGCUGCGUUACUACGAAACCGUGUCGGUAUACUGGGUGAUCUAGACGUCUUCCAGAAUACGGACGAAACUGUCCUUGGCGACGAGGUGUCCAACUUUUGCCCGAUGCCGGCACAUAUUCCUACGUCUCUUCACUACUAUUAUCACGUAUGCUCAUCUUACCACCCGCCUAGAACCGUUACUCUCUGCCCAGGACGUCGAUGCGUGGUAUUUGGCAGGGCGUCUGGUGUUGAACUCCACUGGGUAGAUGAGACGAACUACAAGGAUCAACGAAAGCAUUUCCGCAUGUCACAGUCUUCGGAAGUUGUAUAUAUUCCUGCCAAAUCGCCCGGAGACACCGACGGAGUUGCGGCUGAUCUCUUUGGCUGGGCCUGGACCGAUGUCAACAAAGGUGCUCACGUGCCAACCACCUUCGCUGCAGGAUCAGACUUGAGCUGGGGGUUGCGAGUUAUAGCCGCCUACCAGGACCGCGUCGUCUUGUACACGGUCCCCUUGGAUGUCUUCAACAUCAUCUGCAAGGAACGUGAGCUUCAGGGUGAUAGUGUCGUGAAGGACAGCGAUCUCAUCCACGGGUUGGAGUUCUUGCUGAGUGUUAGCUACAAGCCUACAGCGAUGAUGCGGCCUUUUCAAUAA